CAAUAUUUGAUCAUUCAAUAUUUGAAGCAUUUUCAAAAGUAAUACAGAAAUUAAUACCACAAUUUAAUCAUUUAGAAGAUUUACUUAAUUAUCUUAUAUCAGCAUCAAAUAUGGAACAAGCAUUUUUAUUUGAUAUACAAACAAAAAUAAGUAUUGCAACUGAUUCAUCACCAACUGAUAUACAAAUGUAUGAAUUAUGUUGUGAUAUGAUUGAUUUAUUAAUUAAUGUGAGUCAAAUAUAUGGACGAUCAAAUGAUAAUAUUAUUGAAGCUAUUGAAGAUGAUGAAAAUGAAGAACAUGUCGCAAGUAGUAUUCAUGAAUCAACGAAUUCAUAUUCGAACACGACGGAUGAACCCUCAUCAAAUGUAUUUGAUUCAAUGUCAUCAAGUGUUAUAAAAUUAACUGGUGGUCGAGCACUUUAUCUCAAAGAAAUAAAUCGUCAUCUAGCAUUAAUAGGUGUUCUACGUGAAGAAACACUUUCAAAACAAUCUAUUAUUGAAUAUAAUGUUAAUCAAUUAAAGAAAAGUAUUUUAGAAUUAUUUCAUUUAACUUGUCAGACAUCUGCAUCUUCUCUAAUAUCAUAG